GUUUUAAACCAAAAGUAAAUUUUUGUCUGCUUACUUUCGAAAUCAUUAUUUAAAAGCAUUAACAUCUUACAAAUAUACUAUCAUUGAACUUGUUUAAAUUCCCUUGAAAUAGUUAUUUAUUUUAACUAAAUAAAAUUGCUUAUAUCAUGCACAGUAAUUCUUUGGCCAUUUAAAAUUCUUUUAUACAAGCAUAUUUUACGAUAUGCUAGUAUUUUUCGUCGUUAUAGAAUUUUAGAAAUUGUCACCUAAAUGAAUUUUUAUACAACUAUAUUCAUUUAAAUGAAUUUUUAAGACACUUAAUAUUUUUAGCAACUUCUGAUAUCAUUAAAAUUCAUACAAAUGUCAGAGCCAAAAGACUCCAUUGCACAAGAGCAAACCAAUGAAGCAGCAGAGCUGGAAAAUCAAUUUGUAUUAUCUUUGCCUACUGUUCCUGCUGCAUCUUUACGAGCAGCAGUUAGAUCAGGAGUUAUGAAUCUAAAAGACCGUUUAAAAAUAGAUCUAGAGCCAGAUAUGCGUCAUGCAAAAGUUAAUUUUGACAAAUGGACUUUAAAAGGUAAAGUGAUGGAUUUACCUUCAAUUAUUGAAUCUUAUAAAACACUAGACUGUAAAACUUUCUAUAAAACAGCAGACAUUUGCCAAAUUCUCAUUUGCAAGGAAGAAGAAGAAGCUCCUCAAAUUGAAGAAGAAGAAAACCCAAAAAAGAAAGACACAAAAGACAAAAGAUUCAUGCUACCACAUGGCAUAACACCUCCGUUAAAAAACGUUCGAAAACGCAGAUUUCGCAAAACGCUGAAGAAAAAAUACGUCGAUUUUCCAGACAUUGAAAAAGAAGUGAAACGUUUAUUUAAAACAGAUAAUGAAGCAAUAAGUGUUCGAUUUGAAGUGAUAAAUGCAGAUGAUGAUAAAGGAGAUGGCGAUGAAAAGCAGGAUGAUAAUAAUGUUUUAGCAGUGGAAGGCCCUGCUACAGAACCUAGUAAUUUAGAUGUAGCAGAAUAUGACAUUUUUGGCGAAGUUCUCAGCAGUUCAGAUGGAGAGGUAAACAUUGAUGAAGAAUUGGAAAACAGUGAAACUGACUCAAAAAUCAAUGGACAAAAAUCUCAUUUAAUGACGGAGUUCUCAAAAAGUAUGUUAGGAAGCCCACAAAUUGAAGCAAAUGAUAACCCAGAAUACACAGCAGAUGUCACAGUAUACCAAUUAGAAUCUGCUGUGGCCGAGGAAAACUUGGAUCAAAUUUUAAAAGAACACAAAACAGAUGAAGAAAAAACUGCAUUGCUGGAGAAAUUAGAUGAACUGGAACAUGAAAUAGCAGAUAUAUUAGCAAGAAGGAGGGCACAAGAACUUGAAAUCAUGAGCAUUGAAAAUCAAGCCCUAAAGCAGCGAUUUCAAAGCAUAAUUGAUAAUCUAAAACAACAAGAAUAUGACAAGCAAAAAGAAUAUGAUGACAUUGUCACAAUUUUGCAUCAAAACUGAAUAGGUUCAUAUUUUUAAAAAAAAAAUAUUGCAUUUUUACGCAACUCAUCACUAGAAUAAAUUUAAAAUUAAAAUGUAUAAAUAGUCUUUUUAAAUUACCCAAUUUCAAAUUUUAUCUUUUAAAUUAGAAUUUCCAUAUGUACUCAUUGUCAUAGAUUCCCUAAUUAUGAAUGUAAGAGAUUUUUAUCUACUGUAAAUUAAACUUCCAUAAACAUUUAUCAUUAACCAUGUUUUAAAUUUUGUAAUUAUAAAUUAAAAGAAUUUUAAUCUAGUCUAACAAUUAUUCUAGUUCACUUUCAAUUAAGUUUAAAUACAUUCAUGAGUCAUUGUUCAUGCAUUAUUGUUCAUUAAAUACAUACAUGAAUCAUUGUCAUGUAUAAUAUAGAGUGAUUCUUUUUUCUUUUCUUUUUUUGACUGUAACAAACUUUCAACGUUAAAAUUAGCUUUUAUAUACAUUUAUCAUGUUCCAUAUUAUAGAUGUAAUGACAAAUAAAAAGGAAUUUUUAUCUAGUCUAACAAACAUACCAGGUCAAUUUCAAUAAAGCUCCAAUAUG